CGAGUAUUUCCGGGACGUUGCUAUAGCAUUACAUCAGCAUCAUAAAAGAAGUGUUUUCUCGGUGAUUAUCAUUUAAAGUUAGAUCUUUACAGUCAACUAUCCUUAUUGAGUGGAUUGCAGCUUUCACUCACUUUACAAAAUAUGGAAAGUGCAUCACUUUGUGCUGCAGGCAAAGAUACAAUAUUUCAAGCAGCAACAAAUCUUGAGGAAGCAGCAAAACUAGUUCUUUCAGGAAAUCAAGUUGCUAGUUGGGGUAGUAAGACAAAAAAGCCCUGUAACUGCACCAGAUCUCAGUGUCUAAAACUAUAUUGUGAUUGCUUUGCAAAUGGAGAUUUGUGCAACAACUGUAACUGUAGCAAUUGUUACAACAAUACAGAACAUGGGCUUGAACGCUUCAAAGCUGUUAAGGCAUGCCUUGAUCGAAACCCAGAUGCAUUUCAGCCUAAGAUAGAAAAAGGAAAAACAGGAGAUGUUACACCUCGACACCAUAAAGGAUGCAACUGCAAGCGAUCUGGCUGUUUCAAGAAUUACUGUGAAUGUUAUGAGGCUAAAAUAACUUGUUCUUCUGUAUGUAAAUGUGUAGGAUGCAAAAAUGUUAAAAGCCUAGAUUUUAAAUCACUUAUGAACAUGCAAUGCUACUUAGAUUCUAGAAGUAUUAACUUGUUCUGCAUUUCUGGGGAAGUGGUGGAAGCUACAUGUGCUUGCCUCCUAGCGCAAGCUGAAGAAGCAGAAAAAGAAGGAUGCUCAACUUGUCUGGCUGAACAUAGGAUAAUAGAAGAAUUUGGCAAAUGCUUAACCCAGAUUCUCCACCCUAAGGUCUAAAGAGACACCUUUCAAUGUCAAUGAAAACACAUCAAUUUACAAAUAUGAAAGAAUAUGGAUUAUUUACGGUUUUAGUUAUAUUUAAAACAUUUAAAAAAAUAUUUAAGGUAAAUUGUGGUGUAUGGUGUCUAUGCCCCUUUAAAGGCUCCCUUCUCCUUCUCUGGGGAUCCUUGGUAACUUGCCCACAAAGGAGAAUUUGCACUCCCUUAAUGCAUGACUCAGAAUUAAAAUACUUUUAGGGCAAGAUAUUGAGGCACAUAUGUAUGGCAUAAUUUUAUAGGCUUUAUAAUACAGUAGCGCAUUAUCACAAAGGAUUGUGGCGCAAAUGAAAAACACUUUUCUUUUGAAAUUGAUAUAUCCAACAAAGCUCCUACUCAGUAUACUUCUAAACCCACUGUAGUGUGGACUUUAAGGCUCAAUAUCAAAAUGCUUUGUUUGAUGCUAACAGAGGCUAUUUUGUCAGUGAAUGGCAAUUAUGUUGUAACUAUGCCAACUCUAAUAUUUUACUAAUAAACCAAGUCAAUGUCACAUAUGGGACAUUAUGACUAUAAACAAAUAAAUACCUUUGUUCUAUAACUUGUUAUACUAGAUUCUAUAUAUUGUUCCAGAUCCUCUUUAAAUAUACCCUGUUUAGGUGCUACUUUCCUUUUCAUGGAUACUAUUUUAGUUCAGUGUGAAUAUUCUUUGAAGCAGAGACAGUUUGAUAGUAGGAAUGAUAGUAGGAAUGCACAGAGCCAUCAUUUUUUGGCCCAGUUCAAAAUUUCUGGCUGAACUUAUCAGAGUUCAGAUUUAAACACACACAUGAUGUUUAAAGUUAUUAAAUGUCCUAUUUCUUGAUAUAAAUACUAUUGUGUUCACUUGGCCAGUGCAGUAAACUGAAUACUAAUAAAUGGUUCUGUCAUCAUAUUAACAUAUUUAUAUAUUUUCUUUGCAGUUAGAAUUGUUUGAAAUGCCAGAUAUUCUGCCAAUAAAAUAUUGCUACUUUUACUCCAUUUAGUGCUUUUGAACAACAAACUGGGAUCAUAUCCAGCAAAUGAUAGUUAAUAGCAUAAUAGCAUCUUAUGCUAAAAGGGUAUUGUCAUCAAAACAUAUUGUACCGAUUUACUAAAAU